AUGCAGGGCUCCGGGCAGCCAUCGGACUCGCCAAGCCGCGCGGCGGGCGGCCUCGCCGAGCCAGGCGUCGGGCGGCCUUGCCGAGCCAAGCCGGGGCUGGAGUUCCGCGUGGGCGGGCCGCGCGAGUGGUGCGUCCCGGACGCCAACACCAGCUACGGAUGGUGGGCCAUGAACAACCGCUUCUACAUCGGUGACCGCCUCUAUUUCAAGUAUGCGAACGACUCGGUGCUGGUGGUGGACCGCCUAGCCUUCGACGCCUGCAACGCCAGCGCGCCGCUCGCCGCGUUCGCCGGCGGCGCCACCGAGUUCCGCCUCCACCGCCCAGGCUUCUUCUGCUUCAUCAGCGGUGAGCCAGGGCACUGCGAGGAAGAAGGCCAGAGGCUCAUCGUACGCUUGUUGGUCUGGGCUUGAUGCUCCACUGAUUGGUUUGUUACUACUUUGCUUUUAUGUCUGCAGUACUGAAGUGCAGACUCACACACUAGUACCUAGUUGUUGUUAGAUAAUGCUCAGUUGCCUAGUUUUCGAUUUCCAUAUUAUUUUGGGUUCAUGCAUGAUGACUUAUGAGUUAUGAAGUAUUGGUACUAGUAAUAAUGUUAUCUGUCGAACAAUUUGUUUAACUCAGUAACCGUACGUAUGCUGUUUAGUACC